AUGGAAUACGCGCAGCUUGUUCAUCAAUGGCACUCGACGGAGGCCGAACGCGGCAAGUUCGCGUUCCAAAAGUGUCUCAACCUCGGCCGACAAGCAGUCGAUUCAGCAUCUCUACCUACAUACUCACUUGAGACUCCCGAAGUCUUUUCUCUUGCUUGCGCGGACGGCGCGGCUCUGGGCGGAAUCCGCGAUGAGCACUGUACAGCAUACAUCUGUAUCUACGACAGGGAACGAUUGAGGUUGACCCUGCACAGGGAACUCAUCAACCCGCCUGGCUUCACCAGCAGAUGGAAGAAUCCUCACCAUUUCACCACGGGAUGGGCCAAUAUUUGGGGUCUAAGGAAAGAGGCAGGCCAGGUCCAGAGCGCCCUGUCAGCCACGCCCAGCAUUUUCAGGGGUCAACCCUCUGAACCAUUGGAAAACGAGAACAGCUUUCCGUCCGGCAGCACUGGCCUUCGAAACGUGAAAACGGAUCACUUCGAAGAAGAUCAAGUUUAUGUUGGCGAAGAGGACCAGGUUCUUGUUAAAGAUGAACCAGACUCUUAUCAUCAGGUCUUUAUUGAUGAAGAAAGGGAGCAAGGGGAGAAGAAGAAGGAGGAGGAGGGAGGGUAUGAAGAGGACAGCCAUGAAGAAAGUUAUCAAAAGGGCUAUGAGGAAGAUUAUGAAGAGGAAGAUUACGAAGAAGACGAGGAUGACCCUGAUGCGAAAGAGACUGAUUCAGACUAUGGGAAUGAGCCGUACGAUCUCGAUGAUAUGAAAUCUUGCCUCAAGGAACCGCCAAUACAACGCCUAGGUGUGCCCGGAUCCCCCGCCGCUUCUAACGUGGUGAGCUGGGGUGAGCAUGGGCAGCAGCGCGGCGGUCAACGUUGCCUACACAAUGUAUCGUUCAGGGUGCCUGUUCAAUUUGAAGUCAGCAUUGGCAAGUCUUUGAGCGAUCUUCAAACAUCCACCGUCGAGACGAUGUUCCUGCACUUUCCGGAUCGCCAGACCUCCAUCGAGGACACGAUAAAAGCGAUGGGCGCUGCUCUGAACCAGGGAAAGUUCAAGAACUACGGCCUAUCGAACUACUCUACCGCCGAGGUGCAGAAGGUUCUAGGGAUCUGCGAGAAAAAUGGGUACACCAAGCCCAGUGUGUAA